CUAACUAGCUGUAGUUCGCGCGCUUUUUUGGGCAUAAUUUUUUUUAAUUGCAAGAAAUCCAGAAUUGUACGGAAAUAAAUUUAAUCAAAUAAACGUUAAAACAACCAAACAGCGCCAUGGACAUUGACUAUGAUGCAGAGGCGGGUGCUGCUUAUUACGCGGUGCAGUUAUCAGCUAAAGAGGUCAUCACCGCAGGGCGUAGACAGAAUUAUUGCAAUAUGAUGGAUUUGCUGGCCACCAGCUGCAAGACCUCAGGCCUUUUGGCCACCUCCUUUACAGACGACGAGCUGGUGGAGUUUUGGUUAAAGGAUAUUCUGCCACUAAUGUUCGAUGCAGACCAAAAGAUACAAAAUAGCGCUUUAGCUGCCGUGGCAGAGGCAUUGGUGGCUCUCGAUGUAAGUGUUAUACAUGCCGCUCAGAAUUGGCCACAGAUCAGAACGGAUCUGGUGCAGAAAUUCGUUCCACUUAUUGCCGAAAUGCGCGAUGCCAAGAACUCCAACUGGCACAAGAUUUGGUCACUUAUGGUCCAAAUUAUGGAUGAUGAGCUAUUGCGGGGAUGCACAUACAUUAAUAAAUUUCUAAACGUGGUGGAGCUGGGCUUUCGCAGUCCCGAUAAUAAUGUACGCUCCGAAUCAUUCCUAUGCUGGCGUGUCCUGAUCAAAAUUUUUGCCGCCUACAAUGAGUUGUCUUCGACCAAGCGUAUGCGUCUCCUGCUCAUACCUUUGAAGACUUCUCAGUCACGUUCACCCCAUGUAAGUGGCAUCAAAUUGCGCGUCUGGUGGUAUUUACUAACCUGUCUUGACCGAGAAUUGGUCAAAUCCUUUGACAAUGCCGUGGAGUAUUUUUUGACUUUUGUUUUUGGCGGCGGUACCAGAUCCACUGGAAUGGGUUUGAUCCAUAACUAUCAGACAGCACGGGAAUUGGCUCUCCCCUGUCUGGUGGCCCUGAUGAAUAUGGAGCCCAGUGAGCCCCUGCAACGUAUAUUGAGAGAAUUGCGUUUGGAAUCAUUAAGCCAACCCUCACCUUUAAUGUGUGUGGAAGUGAUGCGGCCAAAUUGGAGCCCUCUGCUGACUGCCUGUGUAUCAGGCUAUACUCUUCUUUCCGACAAUGAUUCAUCGGAGACAGAGCAGCUACUGUUGCAGAUGCUAAUGCGUAAUCUCACUUUGGCCAUGUUCAAGCUGGGAUUGCCAGGUCUUAUUGUAGCCUUGUGCAUUGAGUUGGAGAAAGCAAACGGAAGAGUUGUUCGUUUGGUCUUCAAUACCAUAGCCAGUGAGAACCUUUCCAUGAAACGUGCAGAAGGCAGCGAUGGCCUAGAUAUAUUUGAGGCCUUAAUGACACUGUGCAUUAAAAGUAAACAGGAAGUCCCUUCGGCUAUUUUGCACCGCUGCAUCAGUUUGAUGUUCUCAUCAGAGCAUUUGGAGGCCACCAGUCAGGAAGAUUUCCGUCUAAUUAGCUCCUUUGCCCAACUUUUGAUGCGGACCAAUGACGAGGAGGAUUAUGAAAGUUUUUCCAUUAAACUGAUUAUAUGGCGUCAGGUCUCCUCCUCGCUGGCCACAUAUCUCAGGGACAAUGCUCUGGAAUAUCGUGUGAGUGAAAAUGCCUCUUUAUUGGACUCUUGGCUUCUAUGGCCCCUGAAGACAUGCGCCGGAUUUGCCGGUCGAAGAGUCCAUAAUGCCUUCGAUAGUGCCUUUUGUGAACAAUGGCGACAAUUGCUCAGUGCUGGACAAAAUGCAUCAGAGCGUAAAGUAUUCCUAGGUGAUCUUAAGAAUGCCUUAAUGGAUUUCCUUAAAAGCAGCAAAGAAGAACAACAAUUCCCAGAGUUCUUCGAUGCCUAUGUGACGGCUGUUCUAAAAUUGGGCAUAUGCAAGGAUACUCCGCUCUACAAAGAUGUCUUUGGCCUACUCCAAGUGGUCUUUGAGAAUCCUACUCAGCAAGCUCUCGAAGCAUGCCUGAAUACUUUACGUAACAUGAUCUUGGAUCUCCGUCAAAAUGAACUUAUGGUCGUGUUUGAUGCCCUAAAGCCCAUCCUAACUUUAGCCAUUCAAUCAUGGUCCAAGCACAAGUGUGAGGGCAGUUUUCUGGAUGAAUGGAAACGUGCUAUUCAAGAGAAAUUCCGUAAACUGCCAAUGAAAUCAAUGGCCAAUCAGUUAAAGUCAUUGUUCAAGGGUGAAGAACUCUUUGUGAUCAUACCCUCAGUUUGGAGCCUGAAUCCCGAGAAGCUAACUGAGAGACAAAAGGAACGUAUGGCUGAAAAAUCGGAUAUACCAGCUCUAUACAAUGAUAUGAGCCAGUCGCAAGACAAUUCGAUUAAACCCUGGACACCCAAAAAAGUGGUGAUAUCUAAGAGUAAACAAGGCGAAAUAGCCAUAGCAGGGAAAGAUGAUGAACAGACAGAUGUUGUGGUUAUUGAAGACACACCCAUUGAAGAACUGGGAACGCCCAGUAAACCCGUGGAAAAGUAUAAUUUCCGUAAGCCUCGUAAUCUACUCGAAGAUGAAUCCGUUAAAUCCACCGAGGAGACAACACCAAUGCGUCAGACACGAAAACGUGCUGCCCAAAAGGAAGCCUUAGCCGAGAAGCCUGAAACGGUAAAGUCGCCCAAAAACCAAACACACACAACAGGUGUUACAACAGUUAGUAGCAAAACAGCUGUUGCUGCAUCACCAAAGUCUACCAAGACCUCAGCAGACCUUCAAAAACCUGCUAAUAUUGCCAUGCAAAGUGAAGAUCUCUUUGCCGAUUUAGGGGUGGCAACGUCAUCGGCAACAGCAGCAGCUGCCACAUCCUCUCCACCAACUCAAGUGUCCGUGCAGCAGGUAGCGAAACCUAUUGCAGAAACACCCUCGACCAUUGUGCCCAUGGAAACUGCAUCGUUGGUGCCACCUACUCAAAUAAUGCCCGAGACUAAUAGUGAUCCCACACCAGCUAUUCCACUGACCACCAAUCAAGAGAUGUCGCCCAAAAAGUCGAGCACACGUCUCUGUAACCUGAGCUCUCCACCGGAUCGCAAACAGACCAGCAACUUGACCAGCCCCACAUUGCGACCCAAGCCAACGGGUCAUCUAACAGGUCGUGGGGCACAAUUGAUUAAUAUGAUACGUAACAAGAAAUUAGAUACGGCUUCACCGUAUAACCAGCUAACGGCUGCCAAUUCGCAUACAACCCGUAUUCAUCAGGUGACUCCGGCUAGGAGUAUAGAUCGUUCCGAACAGGUUUCCACACCCACCUGUGAGUUGAGUGAACUGCCCGGUGCGGAACAUACAUCCACACCGCUGCAGGCCAAAGAUCUCUUGAUUUUCUCAAAACGUUUGCCAUCCCCUUCAGCCAGUCCAUCGGCCAGUAUAUUGAAAAGAAAAUUACGUUGCGAGAGCAUUGAUGAUUUCUCCAUGGAAUCGCCAGCGAUGAAGAGGAAACGUGUUAGUUUCCAUGAUCCACCGGUAUCGGUAACCAAAGAGUACUUACGCGACACCGAAGAGACGCGCAGCAAGACCAAACGUUGUCUCCUAAUGGAUAAAAUUGCCCAAACAUCCGAGACUAAGCAAGCACUCAAACGUCGUGGACGCUUGGAUAGUAUCAUAGAGAUUGAGAGAUUUGCCCAUGAACAAACGGCCAGAUUGGCAUCAACAGAAAAAGCAAUAGAAAAGACAAACGAAGUACCCAUCGAAGAUGAGGCGUUUGCUACACUUAAAUGGAAUGAUACAUUGAAUCCAACAAGCAACAAAGAAGAUACAAAAAGAACAACUGGAGAGGAUAUUGAUGGUAAUGCUACAUGUGUUCAAGAUUUGGCCAUAAUGGAUCCAGAUGCAGCACUUGAUCUGGUAGUGGAAAAAUGUUCUUUGGAAACAAUACUCGAACGCUUUUGUGCUAAAUCUACAAACCCAUCUCUGAAGAAUGCCAAUAUAUUGGCCAAGUUUCUGUCGAAUCAAAUGUCUGGCAAUGAUAAAUUGAAAACCACUGUACUGGAAACUCUUUCGGAGAACCAUUCCAAGGAUUUUCUUGAUCAUGCUGUACGCGAGAAUCUAUCAUCUGUGGUAUGCGAUCGUCUUAAUCCAAAUUCGGUAUUGGAUUAUAUUUGUGCCAAAUCGAAAAUCAAUAAUAACUGCCGCACUAAUUUGCUAUCCCAAGUUGUGGAUAUCCUAAAGACUAGUAGCCGUACGGAGGCCGAACGUUUUGCAUUUCUACAACAACUCUUGCUGCAGUGCAGCUUCACGGAUGAGCAGCUUCUCGACAUUAUUGGACAAUUGAUGGUAGUACGAGAUACACGAAGCAGCAACAAUCAAAACCUCAUGGGCCAUGACAAUGUGGCCGAAACGGCAGCGGAUUCCUCAUCGAAUUUGUAAGCACAAACUGCCGUCCGAUAAACUGUUUAUUUUUUUUGGAUAUAGCCAUUAAUAGUAGUACCGAUGACUUUUGUAGUUGUAUUUAUUAUUUUUAUUCUAUUUUAACGUUUUAUUCGAAAUUUAAAUUACACUUUUCAAUGCGUGUGUGUAUGUAGAGUUAAAUACACACUAUACCAUUUUUGUUUCAUAUUAUGAAUUUUAAUAUAAUUACUUUAAUAAGUACAUACAUUUGUAUUUGAUAGUUAAUAAUAAUAUUUCUGAAUGUCUAAGUGAAAUAUGAA